UUUCAGUGGUCAAGAGAAGAUGCCCAGAGAAAUAAUAACCCUUCAAGCCGGCCAGUGCGGCAACAACGUCGGAAGUCAAUUCUGGCAACAGCUGUGCCUGGAGCAUGGAAUCAGCCAGGAUGGUAACCUUGAGGAAUUCGCAACCGAGGGAGGGGAUCGCAAAGAUGUCUUCUUCUACCAGAGUGACGAUACCCGGUAUAUUCCCCGAGCAAUCUUGAUGGACUUGGAACCUAGGGUCCUCCAAAGUAUUCAGACUGGUCCCUACCGAAACAUUUAUAACCCCGAAAACUUCUUUAUCGGACAACAGGGUAUUGGAGCAGGAAACAACUGGGGUGCUGGAUAUGCGGCUGGUGAGGUUGUGCAAGAGGAGCUAUUCGAUAUGAUUGAUCGAGAAGCGGAUGGAAGUGAUUCGUUGGAGGGAUUUAUGCUGCUGCACUCCAUUGCAGGAGGAACUGGUUCAGGUCUCGGAAGUUUCAUUCUGGAAAGAAUGAAUGAUCGGUUUCCAAAAAAGCUGAUCCAGACAUACUCGGUCUUCCCAGACACACAGUCCCCGGAUGUCGUAGUCAACCCGUACAACAGUCUGCUUACCAUGCGACGGCUAGUACAGAAUGCGGACUCUGUGGUUGUUUUGGAUAACGGUGCCCUUUCGAGGAUCGUUGCCGACCGACUUCAUGUACACGAACCUUCGUUCCAGCAAACCAAUCAGCUGGUUUCGACGGUGAUGUCGGCCUCGACCACCCCUCUUCGCUACCCCGGCUACAUGCACAAUGAUCUCGUUGGAAUCAUUGCAUCCCUUAUCCCUACCCCCCGCAGCCAUUUCCUGAUCACAUCCUAUACCCCAUUUACGGGCGACAACAUUGAGCAGGCCAAAACCGUGCGUAAGACCACCGUUCUGGAUGUCAUGCGUCGUCUUUUGCAGCCAAAGAACCGCAUGGUUUCGAUCAAUCCCAGCAAAUCCAGCUGCUACAUCAGUAUUCUCAACAUCAUCCAGGGUGAAGCCGACCCGACGGACGUGCACAAGUCGUUGCUGCGUAUUCGCGAGCGGCGCCUGGCACCAUUCAUCCCCUGGGGACCGGCCAGCAUCCAGGUGGCGCUAACGAAGAAAUCGCCGUACAUACAGAACACACACCGUGUCAGCGGGUUGAUGCUGGCAAACCACACAUCAGUGGCCACAUUGUUUAAGCGAGUGGUGCAGCAGUACGACCGACUGCGGAAGCGCAAUGCUUUCCUGGAGCAGUACAAGAAGGAAAGCCCGUUUAGCGAUGGACUCCACGAGUUCGACGAGGCCAGAGCCGUGGUGACGGACCUGAUUGGCGAGUAUGAAGCAGCUGAACGGGAGGACUAUUUGGACCCAGACGCUGGGAAAGAAAAGGAGCUAGGUGUAUAGAUUACCAUGGAUGGAUAAUGUUUUCUUUAAGCUAUGCCCGGUCUUUUGCUGUUUGCGAUUGUUUCUGUUUGCUAUUUGCUGUUUGAUGAUUUCAACGGAUGAAAAUCAGGUGCAUUCCGACUGGUACAGGCGUUCUUUAAUUUUAAUAUUAUUAUUAUUCUGACUCUUUGUUUUGAAGAUAAUCCUGGCUUGACACCUUGUACAAGUGUCUAAAAGAGGGGGGAAGGCCAAAAUGAGGCGAGAGAUGACACGUAGAUAACUCCUGUUUCAAUUUGAGACCCCCAUUCAGAAGACCCCAUUAGUUGGAAUAAACCAUCCAUCCUAGCAGAUCGCUGGAGAGGGGAGGGG